AUGGCCUCUAGUGCCGGAAGAGGAAAAUCUCGAAAUGCAACUGAAUUAUCUAAAAUUUUGCGCAGUUUAUUUGUUGAUGACCAGGAGCUGCAAGAACUGAAGGAACGUCUUGAUAAUGCUAUGGUCUUCAAUCUUUCAUUUGAGAAUGCUACUGCAAUUGAUCUGAGUGUGGAGAGGUCUGCCAGUAAUGCUAUUGGCAAGCAAAUGUUGUUUCAACUCAUGGAAUCUGAGAAUUGGCUCGAAGUACGUGAUAAAUAUAAGGGAAUUGCACCAAGGGAUGUGUUACAGAGGAUUUCUAAGGACAUGAAAUUUAAUGAUCUAACUACAAGGAAAGCAAACAAACCUCUUCUAAAUAUACUUGUUAAUGACAUGGGCGGGCAUGCUAGAGCUCUAGAGGCACUUGAGAUAGCCAUCAAAGGUAAAGACUUGGAUAAUUGCAACUUUGCAGAAUUAAUGAAUGAGAUACGUGUGAGACUUGUUGACCGUUAUAGUGAAUGGAAUUUCAUCAUCCCCGAAACAGAAAUCAGAAUUGCAGAACUCUCACAAUUGGGACUGGUUCAGUUUAUGAAUGAUGAGGGAGAAACCGAUCAAGGAUGA